AUGGCCUUGGACCGAGAUGAGAAUGCUUCCUCAAGAUCGCAGUCGGAGUCAUCAGACGAUAGUGACAGUCAAGACUCAGACGACAUGCGCACACCUACCACCGAUUCUAAAGGCGAUUUGUCAGCCCGUAAGCCGAACGAUGACAAGGUGAAAAAGGCUGCCAGCAAAGAUCCCAACAGGGUCAAGAGGAAAAAAGCUCGUCGGGCCUGCGAGAAUUGUCAACGUGCUCAUCUGACCUGCAGUGACAAGCGGCCUUGCGAGAGGUGUGGCGACAAGAAGAUUUGCAAGGACGGAAAGAGGAAGAAGGCAAAGUACUUGGCAGAUGCUCCAGACGAGGAUCUAACUCCAGGCCAGGAUCAAGUCAAAGACAGUCACUUUGCCAACUUUCCUAAUGACUGGCAUGGUGGCCCGCCAUUUCCCAGGUCAAGUUUCCCCAGUCCGGGAGUAGGUAGCCUCUAUGCCAGCCAAAACCCAACCUACCCAUUGUUCGUAACGCACGGUCAGCAGAACCAGAUGCCUUUCCAACCCUACUCUAGCCAGCAGAUGUCAAUGGGACAAUCAUAUCCUCUCGGCCCUCAUCAACAACCGAUCUUGCCAGAUUACAGUCGUACUGUGCAGCAGCCAAACACCCUCGGUUUCUCCAAUCCGAAUCAAGACCUCUCUGUCGGUGAAUUCUAUCCCAAUCCGAACACAGAGGAAAACUCUUUUGCGAAUCAAUACGGGUAUGGGGAGUUAGCAUACAUAACUCACCUCACUUCUGGUAUGGCAGACACUCCUCCAAGCGAAAGCACGGGGACUCUCAAUCCUAGUGAUGACGCCAACUUUGUGCCAGGUGUUAAUACCCCAGGCUACGGAUCGGCCGCCCAACCCUACGGCUACCCUCAAGACCAGGUCAUACACAAUUCUCGACCUAGCUCACGAGAAGAAGCCGAUCCUUUCAACUUGAGGGGACAAGACGAGGACUCACUGGAUGGGUUGGUAAAGCAGGAAGAGCCUACUGGCUACCCGAUUGGCGCCUAUAACAACUAUCCCAGUCCAUCAUUUUCCGGGUCCAGUCCGCAAGGUAUGACGGCGGGUAUCGACGAGAGUCCGUCCGUCAAGAGUAUGUACACUAAUAUUAACCCAUCUCGUCAGGCACAGCUCCGAGAAACACUCCGGCCAAUGACCUCUUCGCAGCAACAGCAGAACAGUUCUCAGGCCUCACCCUCAACGCCGACUGUCCAAACGGCAACGAUACCUUCUUCUAUCCAAACUCAGCCUUCGACUUCCAAUCGCCGCCACCGGAAACCCUCAAUGAUCUACAAUGCCGUGACGGAGCCUUAUUCUUACACCAAGGCUUUCCACGAUUUGAUGGCAUUGAUCCGCAAGCGGUUUUCCCCGUCUAAGACGGCUCGGAUUGCCAAGGCACUCGCUUCCAUUCGUCCUUCUUUCAUCUCAUCUCUUACGAAGUUGGAUGACGAUGACCGAGUCUUCAUGGAAAAGUGCCUUCAGCGAACACUACUAGAAUAUGACGAUUUUUUGAGUGCAACCGGCACUCCCACAAUAAUUUGUCGACGCACUGGAGAAGUGGUAGCGGUGGGUGAAGGUUUUAGUGUUCUUACUGGUUGGAGGAAAGCUGUCCUCUUGGGCAGGGAGCCCAACCUCAACGUGAACAAGGGGGGUGACACUUCUGGUCCUUCCGGUAUGGGAACUGCAAUUUCUCGCGAUAACAUCACUCCUCGAGUGUCAGAUAGUUCGAGACCUGAUGCCCUCGACGAAUCUCGGCAGAACCCGGUGUCUAUAGUGGAAUUGUUGGAUGACGAGAGCGCGUGCGAUUUCUUUGAUGACUACUCUCAUUUAGCUUUUGGAGAUUCUAGGGGGAGCGUGACCACACCGUGCAAGCUUUUGAAGUACAAGACAGCGAGGGAUGCUGAGCUUGACAAGACAUUGGACAGCGAAGCUGGAUCACGGCUGAAGCGGCAGAGGGAUGCUACACGGUCUGGAAAAGAUGGGAAUGCCGGUAUGACCCAAAUUGGAGAUGAUGAUGGCAAAGUCGAAUGCAUGCUCUGCUGGUCAGUGAAGCGGGAUGUCUUCGGUAUUCCUAUGUUGUUCGUUAUGAAUGUCCUUCCUUGCAUAUGA